CCGCAGAAUUUCGACAGCUGCUUGACGAGCACAGAAGAGCAGAAGUUGUCCGAUGCUUGCUUUUUGCAGACAAUAAAGCUUCAAAUAACCGUCGUUUGUGACUUCUCAUUUGAAGGCAAUGCAUUCGAGUGCCGUAACCGUGCAAACUGCUAGCUCGCCCCCGUCUCCGCUGGACAGCAGUCCCAGGAGGCUGUCUUGGGGCAAUCUGGUGCAAAGGCUGACCGAUAGCAUGGAGUCCAGGUCCAACAAUAGCAGCAGGAGCGACCUCUCGGACUCAGUGUCUGACAUGUCCGAGGAGGACCUCUUCAAUGACCCCACAGAGGAGGCCAUCUUGAAAGAGGUGGUGGAGCUGAUUGAGCGAAGCCUGCGAGAAGCUAAAGACUCGGCGUGCGCCCUACGCUGUGCCAAACUGCUGAUCCCCGACCGGCUCCUGGAGCGCAUCGGGGGCGAGCUGCUGCACCUGGCCACCAGCGAGCCGUGUGGCUUGCGCGGCGCGCUCGUAGACCUGUGCGUGGAGCGGGGACCGCAGUGCGAGAGUGUGGCGCAGCUCUCCGUAGACCCCUAUUUGGUGCCCACCUUUCAGCUGACUCUGGUGCUGAGGCUGGAGUCCGGCGGGUUGUGGCCAAAGAUCCAAGGACUUUUUAGCUCAAAAUCCCCCGCGGCGAGGCAAGCUAUUAAGCUUAGCACCGGGUUCCGAGUCAUCAAAAAGAAACUGUACUGUUCUGAAGAGCUGCUGAUUGAAGAAUGCUGAAGAUUGCUGAAACCUUCUAAACAAGAAGAAUGUUGCACCGGUACAAACGAAAUGUGUACCUCCGUUUCUAUGGAAACAUCCUUAAUGGCAGCUAAAGCUAUCUGAUCAUAAAAAACAUCAUUUGGCAUAACAGCUUCAAGUCAAACGUCAUUCCAUACCCAUGUGGACGCUUAUUUAUUUGAUAUUCAAAUACUCAUAUGACAUUGCACUUAGUUUGCACAUAUUUUGUUUGCUUUUUGUAUUUUCACACUCGCAAAAAAUAAAUUAUUUUUCUAACAA